CCAGCCAGGGAGGGCCCGAACAAACAAAGUAAUCUUAAGUUCUUAACAAAAAAAAUGGCCCAAAUAUUUAUAAUUUUAUACCUGAUUCCUGAACCUCAGAACCUGAUACGGUGAGGUGAGGUGAGCAGUUGAGACUUGAGAGAGGCGGAGAGCAGAGAAUCAGAGAGAGGCUGAGGCGGUUCAGCUGGAGACUGGAGACUAGAGAGAGGCGGAGAGCAGAGAGUAGAGAGAAAGGAGGGUGUCGGAGACAGAUAAUUGCAGGUUUCAGUUGAAAAGGAAAUAGGAUCUUUGUCUGAAUUCCAUCUUUUAACCAUUUUCUCUAUAGAUCCUUUCUCUGAUAAUUGAGUGCCAUAAAGGUUGCUUUUAACAAGCAUUUCUUUAAAUCCUUGGACCAUUGUGGAAAUUGAAAUAAUAGAUAUAGAUAGCGAUUAUUAUACCAAAUUAUCUUGUUAAAAUUCACAAGAGGAUGUCAUUUACACCAUUCGUCUUGCAACCCAACCUAUCAUAUUAUCCUCCAACCUUCACCUGCUGUUCAAAACCCUCUUUUAGGUCAAGAGAGAUGCCCCAGAAGGUCCUCGGAUCUAAUUUCAGUAGAAGAAGAGUAGGAGGAAUAGCAGCAAUGGUGUCGAUACUAUUGGCACAAGAAGUGAUUUUUGGUCAAGAGGUUGCAGAGGGAUUUGAACUUAAGAUGGUAGCACCUGGUCAAGCAUUUGAAGAGGCAAUGAGUAAAAUCAGAGGUCAUGCACAAGCUUUGUUACAAAUAAAAUCUCUAAUUGAGUCAGAGUCAUGGGGUGAAGCACAAAAGGUCCUAAGGAAGAACUCAGCCUACCUGAAACAGGACAUAUAUACCAUAAUCCAAGGCAUACCUGGAAAUGAGAGGCCCCAACUAAGGAAGCUGUAUUCCAAUCUCUUCAAUAAUGCCACCAGGCUAGAUUAUGCGGCAAGGGACAAAGAUGCAUCACGUGUCUGGCAGUGCUAUGAUAACAUUGUUGUGGCCCUCAAUGACAUUUUAUCUAGGAUAUAGUCAGAAGAUAAUUACAAGUUCCUCUUUAGAAAAAUCAAAGGACUGAUGUAGAUUGCUAUUAGUUCGUUGAUCAUAACUGGCAUAAGAGUAGCAUCCUAGCAAAACAACAUGCAUUGCUAAUUUGCUAUGAAGGGUUGCUCGCAACCUCAGAUGUUUCACCUGAACUUCCAAAAUGUGAAAGAAAAUGCUAUCUUGAGCUCAACAGAAUACAAAAUGAGGAUAACAACUAAGAAGCAUCGUUUGUGGGACAAAAUGGCUAAUCAGUGACAAGGUACCACUUUUGUAAGUGACAAAUGUGCCAACUUGCUCAUGUACAUAUGAGCACAAUAACCACAUUUGUCACAUGGUGCUAGUUAAAGCAAAGCAGGGGCGUUAGUAUUGGUGGGUACUUUUCCUAAGGCUCUACCAGUGAUCAAUGGGGCCAUGGCCUUGGUCUAACUGGUUUACAAAGAUGGGCCGCUGGCUAUGUGUGGAAUGGGCUUGUCAUCAUUUCUAAUCUGCCCUUUUUGGUAUUUACCCUGAUCUUAGAGAUGGGUUGGGGUUGGGGCCUCCCAUUUUCUUCUCUUAA